GCAGCCGCGCUUCCUGGCCUGGUUGCCAUGGCGCUUUCUCCCUACGUGCAGGCCAUGCAGGACCUGUUUCGGGCUAACACGCGCAGCCGAGAGUUCCCGGCGCACGGAGCGAAGGUCCACUCGGUGGCGUGGAGCUGUUGCGGCCGCCGCCUGGCUUCCGGCUCCUUCGACAAGACCGCCAGCGUCUUCGUGCUGGACAAGGACCGGCUGGUGAAAGAGAAUAAUUACCGUGGCCAUGGAGAUAGUGUGGAUCAGUUGUGCUGGCAUCCAAGUAACCCAGACUUAUUUGUCACGGCAUCUGGAGACAAAACUAUUCGCAUAUGGGAUGUUCGUACCACUAAGUGCAUAGCCACAGUGAACACUAAAGGGGAAAACAUUAACAUCUGCUGGAGCCCUGAUGGUCAAACUAUUGCUGUAGGAAACAAGGAUGAUGUGGUGACUUUCAUUGAUGCUAAGACACAUCGGUCCAAAGCUGAGGAGCAGUUCAAGUUUGAGGUGAAUGAGAUCUCUUGGAACAAUGACAACAACAUGUUUUUCCUCACCAAUGGCAACGGUUGCAUCAACAUCCUCAGCUAUCCAGAGCUAAAGCCAAUCCAGUCAAUUAAUGCUCAUCCCUCAAAUUGCAUCUGCAUCAAAUUUGACCCAAUGGGCAAAUAUUUUGCCACAGGAAGUGCUGAUGCACUUGUUAGCCUCUGGGAUGUAGAUGAGCUAGUAUGUGUACGAUGUUUCUCUAGGCUUGAUUGGCCUGUGAGGACAUUGAGCUUCAGCCAUGAUGGGAAGAUGCUGGCUUCAGCUUCUGAAGACCAUUUCAUUGAUAUUGCAGAAGUGGAAACGGGUGAGAAGCUCUGGGAAGUGCAGUGCGAGUCCCCAACCUUCACUGUGGCUUGGCAUCCAAAGCGUCCACUGCUGGCUUUCGCCUGUGAUGAUAAAGAUGGCAAAUAUGACAGCAGCAGGGAAGCUGGCACUGUGAAGCUCUUUGGUCUCCCCAAUGACUCAUAGGAGAAGUGUGCUGGAGACUGUGAUGUGGGAUUCUGGGCCAGCAGCAGGUUUUUCAUAAGCCAUGCUUGCAUUGCUUCUUUAUUGGGUUCUUUCCCCUUCUGGAGUAGAAGCAUGGCUUGGCAACACCUUGCCUAGAAAACCUGCCAUUACAAGUUUUUGUAAACUGCCCAGCCAUCAUGGAAAGCACAGGAGCAGGCUGGCUAAGUCCUCUUCCAGUGCCUAGGCUCUUCACUGGUCUGUUUUUCUUUUGGAACGAGGGAAGUAGCAGCUGCAGGUGCAUUCCACUGAUUACUCAGUCAGUCCCCGCCCUCUGAUUACUCAAGGGCAUAGCAGGCAGAGCCUCCUGCUAAUUUGGGUUACUGUGUCAUUAUCAUCCCUUUAUGUCCUCCUUUGAGGAUGGAUAGACUGAGGGAUAUGCUGGCUUUCUGUAGCCACAUUUGAAACUCUUCUAUUUCCUUGGAGGAAUGGUUUAACUCAUGCCUCCUGGAGGUUGUGUGUCUUCAAUACCUUUUUGGAAUAAUGAAAAGAAUUUGGACAGAAAUAAGACUAUUUUUUGUAUGACUAUGUUCUUUGUAUCUUAGAUAAUUUUGUUCCAUUCAAAUAAAGAAAUAAGGAACUUCCAUGUCCUGUAGCUUUAAAAGGGCAAUGAAAAGGUAGCUAAAUAACCUCACUUGGCAUUGUGAAGCUGAAGGUGCCAAAAAGUAAAACUUGGAAAUAUGUUUA